AAGCUUUCGAAUGUUAGCGUUUUUGUUGGUAUAGCGACCAUGCGGCCAAGGCCAUGUCUUGUCGGGAUUUGCCUUAGAAGCUAGGUGGUAACUAGAAGAAAAAUGCUAGGGACGUUUUCCUUCAGACGAGUGGAACUUGUUGCUGUUUCUUACUGAUAUGGCCGCCGUGGAAAGUGAAACCUCCAGAAAAUCCAGAACUUUUAAGAAGAUACAAAAAGGUUACACUGGAGCAUAUCCAAAGCCAUCUUCCAUUCCUUAUAAAUUUCGGACCAUAAUAAUCCCGGACUCAGAAAGAAAAGGAUUUAACAGUCAAAGCAAAAGAUUUUAUUGUAAACUGGAUGAAAACCCAGGUCCAGGCUUCUACAAUGUCAUUCAUCAGUCUCCAGAGUUCAACAGUGUCUCACUAUCAAAGAAAGGAACAGGAGCUUUUCCUUCGGUGGAUAACCGACUGCCCAUGAAAACUUCCAAUUACCCAGCAGCCAAUGCCUACAACCUUCCAUCCAGUUUGAUUUCUAAGAAAGACUUCAGCAAUUCAUGCUCUCACAUGUUCCAUCUGCCCUUCUGUGAGAAAAGCUGCAAAUGGCUCACCCCAGCACCCAAUCACUAUAAUACCACGGUUUUGCUCAACAAGGAAGAGAACAGUUGGUGUCCUCUUGCUCGGCCUGGGUUUUUAUCAAAAACCCCAAGAGGAUUUACAUCCACUAGACAAAGGCUAGUACCUUCCCCAGGGCAUUACCAGAUCAAUGAGACCCUGGUGAAGGAGGCCCCUAAGCUUGUCGGGUGUGGUUUCAAGUCAAGAACCCUCCGAGAAAUGAAGAUAACAUCUGUUGUCCCCGGGCCAGGCACCUACAAUCCUAACAUACUCAUCAAAGCUCCCCCAAAGAAGAACAUUACCCGGAAAAAAUACACCCUGACCUUCUCUGCAUUCCCACUGCCUCCUCUUCCUAAGCCUCCUGUUCCAGGUCCUGGCCAAUAUGAUAUUGUGAACUAUGAAGGCCCCUCCAAGCAUUACAUCUCCAGUGCCACAUUCGUGUCCAGCACCAGUCGGUGGCCAAUCAACGCAAACCAGGAUGGUCUUCCCGGGCCAGCUACCUACAAGCCUGAAUUCCCUGGAAAACAGUCUUUCAUCUACAACAGUGACAAGAAAUGGAUCCCUGUUUUAUAAUGGACUUCUAGGCUUCUGUCUUCCAAUUAUUUCUGCUGAAACUGAUAUGCGAAACCCAUUAAAAGUCACAUUUCUUUUGUU